CUGCACAUCCUAUUAUUUCUUUCACAGGACCGGUGACCGUGCACAUCAAUCAUUCUCUUUCCAGGGUUUCGUGCAGAGCAGCGGACGGAUCGCUUUUAUCAACAAUACAGCACAUUAUGGAUCCCAUGAAUAUGACAACUGACGAAAUGAUGACCGGUGGGCACGGUCAUCACACAAUGCCAGCCGGGAUGACCAAUGGGCACGGUCAUCACACGAUGCCAUCCGGGAUGACCGGAAUGACCGAACAUAUCCACCCGAGCAACGGUACACAUACAGACCACGACAUGGAUAUGAUGAUGCAGAUGACUUUCUAUCUUUCAACGAAAGUUACUAUCCUCUUUGAGCAAUGGGCUGUGAACAGUGUAGGAGGUCUAAUCGGGUCCUGCAUUGCUGUGUUCGUCUUGGCCAUGUUCUACGAGGGGUUAAAGGUCGGCCGUGAGCUGCUCCUUCGUCGAUCCGUGGUCAAUGUCCGCUACCACUCGCAACAAAUCUCAAAGGGCAGUGAGACGUUCUUGACGGAAACCCACAAUGCAGGAGAAGCGCAGUUACUGAGUUGGGGACACGUCAUCCAAACACUCCUGCAUGUCGUCCAGGUGACCCUUAGCUAUUUCCUUAUGCUCAUCUUCAUGACCUACAACGGCUAUCUCUGCAUCGCUGUGGUCAUGGGCGCUGGCACCGGUUACUUUAUCUUCGGUUGGAAAAAAGCCAUCGUCGUCGACAUCAACGAGCACUGCCACUGAUUGCUGCCUGCCGUGGUCAUCGAUCGGGGAGACAGACAAACUGGUGCCUGCCAUUUGAAAUGAGAAAUCUUGAGAAUCUAUAUUAACUUGAUUUUUAUUGUUAAAAUGCGCUAUGUCCUUUUGUGCUCUCGUGACUUUAGAAUGCAUUAAUAUUUAGGAGAAAAAAAACACUGGUUCCAGAAGGAAUAUAUUAUUUCUGUUUUAUAGCAGCAUUGAUUUUCUGUGAGAAUAGAGGGAUAUCCUUGGAAACACGAGUUCCAUUUCUCAGUGAUCUUAAACACCAUGCUUAUCAAUGCUGCUACAAAAAAAGGAAAUAAUUUGUAUGAUCAGGCAAAUUGUAUUUACAUAAGAUUAUAUUGCCUCUGUUAUCCAUUUAGUUUGCUAGUCUGUUCCACAAUGCUGUCUGUUUUAUUUCAUCCUUUGUCCAUGCCUUUGAUUAUUCAACUAAUUAAUUUUUGCAAUGAGUUUCUAAAUGUUUUUGCACUGAAAUUUUAGCUUCAAAAUGCAGCUCUCCUGGAUGUUGUUUUUUAUUAAAGGUUUUGUAGUACUACAGCUGUAUAGGGAACCUUUCUUUUAUGAUUUCUCUCAGAGCCUUCACUGCUCUCUCGCGUACUUGCAGCGUAUUUUAGUGUUAAGUAAGCGAUUAAAAGUUUCCCAAAGAUUAUAGGCUCUGAUCCUCAUAUAUCAGAUUUUUAAUCCCACCCUCUUGUCUUAGAGAAGAUCUUUGAAGAUAUGUGCUGAUUUUAUAAUUUAUUUGAUGAGAAAAUAUAGUGGAAUUUCAAAUAUGUACAUUCGUCCUUAAAUCAAAUAAGACAUAUUAUUUCAUAAAUCAUUUGAUGGAUUUUGAACAUCAUGAUCUGUCAAGAAAUUGUUAGCUUGUUAGACAAAUUUUGUUAUACAUUGUACUAUUUUGUAUUAGUUAUGUUUAUAUGAUUUAAGUAAGUGAUGUAAUUUUUAUUUUAAAUAUUGUACUGUCAUUUUUUAAAGCAAAAAAGAUACAUGCUAUGAUGAUUUCAGCUUUUAUUUAAUUUACGAUAUGAUUACCCAGUUUUAUGAGCAUUGAAUCUAAUUGUGUUGUAAUUCAUAAUGUAUGCAAGCUUUAGAAAAAAAAUCAUUGACCAAUCAAGAUCUCAACAUUUGUCUUGAGUUCUGUUAAUGUUCUGUGAAUGUCAAUGGGUCUAGUGGACCAACACAAUACAAAUCAAACUAUCAAAACUUCCUGAAAAUAACAUUCACUGAAAAACACAACUUGGCAAUUCCUUAGAAAAUAUUCUGCACAACACAUGGCUUGAUAUACUUUGUUUUAUGCAUUUAUUUCAUCUGUAAAUAAAAAAUAUAUAUUGAUAUGAUCAUUUAAUAAUGUUAGCGAAAACAGAUUUGAUUGGAAUUUCCCAACUCACAUUUGCUCUUAUUUUAUGCACCCUGUCUUGAUGCCCAUCUCAACAUCCCAUCUUUCCUUGUCGAUUAAAAAUAGACUUUCUACAAAAAUAAAAGCGUUUUGCAGCCAUGUCGUUCAUUUGCAAUUAAAGCCUAUGGUAAUCUCUGCCUUUAACAGAUCCAGCUGUUUUACAAUAAGUUAUCUUAGCCAGGCUUCAAUGAUAAUAUACAAAUGUUAUCACUUUGGUAGUUUUAACAUUCCGAUUCAUGCUGUAUACAAUCAACCCUGUAUCUUUUAUAUUUUUCUCAUAAAUGCACUUUUGUAACUUGCUUGUAAAUACUCAUGGCAAGCCAGAUGUAUUUUCGAAGAGUAUAGAGCUUCCUUGUGAGGGCAAUAAUAAAAGUUACUUGAAGCUAGUUGGUUGAUAAUAAAUGUGGUUAAGGUGUACAAUGUUUUAUGAUGCACAUAACCAGAAAUUUAGUAUUUUUGAUUACAGACAGUAAUUCUUCUCUUCAAAUAGAUAAUAAGAUUAUGUCAGACGUAUAUUGUUCAAUGUAUAUCUACAAUGUACAAUAGAGUUGUAUACAUGGCCUGAGCAUAUACCAUUUUUAUGAUCAGAAUGCAACAUUAUAUAUAUAUAUAUAUAUUUCAUUUGUUCAGAAGUACUCAAAUCUGCCUAUUGGAGGUGAGAAUAAAUGAACAGAAGCCUAAUUAAAUUGAUUGAAUUGAUUCUUAUCUACUUUUAUCCUGUACAUGAGUAUGAUAGACUUUACAAAAAAUAGACUUUUCAAUCUAAUGAUGCUUUACAGAGGAAGAUAGAAAUCAACAGAGUUAAUAUCAUCUGUUUGGAGCCAUAGGGGCGUUAUAUUCCAUUGUAUGUCAUUUAACACUGUGAAUGCCCUUCUGGCUCCUGACGCAUGAUAUGGUCUCACAAUUUGUUGCAAGAACUCAACAAUUGUUUUGAUGCUUCAAGAAAGAUUAUUUCUUAAAAAAUCCAUAAGAAAGUUGAUCCUCUUUUUUUUCUUAUCUGAUAAGCACUCCAAAUUUUCCCACAACCCUUUACAAUGAUAUGGAGAUGUCAAAUCCUGUUCAAAAGGAUAGAAUUUAUACAUGAAGGUUGAAUGAAUAAACCGCCAUAGAAAAGCUGCCACAGCUUUUUUAUGUAUAAAAUGAAGGACUUGUGCAUAAUCACUGAGCUCUGUUUUAUAAGAUACAUAAAUGUGAAGUAUAUUACACUUUGCGGCAAAAAAAGAAAGGAAAACACUGCUGUUUUGCUGUGUCACAUUUGGACGAGCCUUAAAACAUGUUUUAAAACUCCAUGGCACUGUAAUGGCUAAAAGUCUGUUUCCAAGAAUGUUUGUUACACCAUAAAUUUGUUAUAAUUUUUGUCUGUUUGACCCUGACCGAUCCCUUACACAGGCAUGCGAUGUAGAGUCGCACGAUUGGAACAUAAUGUACUAUGUACAUUAUAAUAUCCUCAAGAAAAAAAUGGAUAUGUAUCACUAUACAUUUACUUGUAUAUGAAAUAAGAAAACUAGCAAUGAAAUAAAUGCAUGCAAUGAUGUAAUAAUUACAAUUUCUUAAGUAGAUGGAGAAACACACCAAGGCAAGGGAAGCAAAAAAUUUGAUUAUUUUUAAUUCAGUUUUAGUUUUUGACCCAUCAGUACUUGUAAUUUAAAUACCAAUUAAGUAUGCUUUUAUGCCGGCAGAUAAAACAGAUUGUAUAAUGUAGCAGUGCAUUAGUGAUAAGGCAAACAGUCACGUUUAAUAUGUAUUUUAAAAAAAUGAAAUUGGCAUGUAAGGGUAGCAAGUAUAUCUAUGCUUUAAAUUUCGGCAUGGUCCCUUAGGAGCAUUUAAGAUUAGUACGGUAUAGGAUUUACAUUACCAGAUUAAUGUGUUGUUUGAAGGAAAAUCUAUGCACUCCAAUUUACUUGCCUUUAAAUCAGAGGUAUAUCAGCAACACGAUUGCCAAGUCUUCUGAAAAAUCAACUUAAUGCAUUUUUGUCUUCAAUAGUAGCCUUGUCCCUCACCGUUUGAAAUGUGCAAACAUUACUAAUCUGGAUAUGAUUUCUAUGGGACAUUAAUAUACUAUUGAAAGUGCCCUUGAGUUGAUUUCUCGAAAUUAGUUGUGAUCGUGUUCAGCGUCCAAUGUAUUAUAUUAAAUAUUAUUAUUACUAGAUCAUGAUAUGAGAUAUAAUGGUACACAGAAUAUUUUUAUCACAAUUGGUGGAAAAUGUUAUAUUUGUAAAAUUAUAAUUAUUCUUUUUGCUCUUCUUUGUCCUGGUAGAAAAUUAUACAAUAAAUUACAACCUUAGCAA